CGUGUUCCUUCCUCGUUCCUUCGCUCUUCCUGCACUGCACGUAUUGUCUCGUCUCAGAAGCAUCUUGAACAAUGGGCUUUGGCGACCUGAAAACCCCUGGCGGCAUCAAGGUCCUCAACGACUUUUUAGCCGACAAGAGCUACAUCGAGGGGUGGGUGCCCUCCCAGGCCGACGUGGCUGUGUUCGAUGCAAUCCCCUCCGCCCCCUCAACAGUCCAGUGCCAUGCUCUUCGCUGGUACAACCACAUCAAGUCAUUCCAGAACCAGAAGGGCAGUCUGCCAGGAGUAAAGAAGCCCCUGGGCCAGUAUGGUCCUUCCGGGGUGGAGGACAACACAGCUGCAGACUCAAAGGAUGACGACGAUGACAUGGACCUGUUUGGCUCUGACGACGAGGAGGACGCAGAGGCAGAAAGGCUGAAGGAGGAGAGAAUCGCAGCUUACGCCGCCAAGAAGUCAAAGAAGCCCACACUCAUCGCCAAGUCAUCGAUCCUGCUUGAUGUGAAACCGUGGGAUGAUGAGACGGACAUGGCCAAGCUGGAGGAGUGUGUUCGCAGCAUCUCAAUGGACGGCCUGCUUUGGGGACAAUCCAAGCUGGUACCAGUGGGCUAUGGCAUCAAGAAGCUGCAGAUCGGGUGUGUGGUAGAGGACGACAAGGUGGGAACAGACCAGCUGGAGGAACAGAUUACAGCCUUUGAGGACUACGUCCAGUCUAUGGAUGUGGCUGCCUUCAACAAGAUCUAAAACUCAAAACACUUACCAACAAAGACACUGAGCACGUUGGGGCUGUAAUAAAAAGCACUUCAGAUGGAAAAUGUUUGUGUUAAAUAUUCUGA